AUGAGCGGUUCGGCUAUCAGUGUCAGAUGUCUGGCUAGCACGAGGGUUUCGAAAUGCAAUGUGCAAGAGAAGGGUCAGAAUGAGGAAGUGCAUGGGAAUCUAGGUCCUGCCAAAUCAGAUGGAGUGGAGGAUGAAAGGACGAGGUCAGUGGCCAGCCAUGAUGGUGCACAACAACAGCCAAAGCAAGACGAACCGGAAAACGAAAGUGACGAUCGCCAUAGAGACAGCCGUUCUCCGAAUCCUUCAGACUCAUCACCAGAAUCAGAAUCAGAGUCCGGAUGUGGUAGUGAUUCUAUCGUCUCAGACUCUUCGUUGGAUAGCGAACGUUACAUGAGCUGCAUACAAGAAGCCCAGCUGUCACCAGACGGUAGCUGCGUCUUUACAUCAGACUAUAGCCGCCGGUUUUCUGUGUAUCCUAUCUCGAACAACAUUCUAAGUCAGACCGUCGUCCAGAAUCUCGCACCGUAUGCAUCUCUCCACUCCUCCGAUCCUAUCUGGGCUUUUGCUGUCAAUCCGCUUUUCAACUUGCAAGAUGUCAGCAGUACGACUGUGCUACUCAGUCGACGAGACACCUAUAUCAGUUUACACAACGCGUUGUGGGGUACCCCGAGAGCUACCAACAACGAUGCCAGUCCCGCUACAAGUGCAGGGCCUGUGGAUAUAUCCACCCCUCUAGCAUCUUAUAAACUAAUCAAUGGUCUUACUGAAGCCGUCAUCGCACCCAUCAGCCUUGUCUACUCCAACGGCGCCACCCAUUUCUUUGGAGGUGCAAAAGACGAAAUCGCCAUAUUCGACCUCCAAGAAACCGACAAACCCAUCCACACGAUCCGCACCAUCCCCGCCAAGCGCAACAAACUCAAAGGCGGCGGCCGUGGAUUCAAGGGUUGGGUCUCCGCCCUAGCUCUCUCUCCACCCUCGCACACCUCUCAUGACGGCCUCUUAGCAGCAGGAUCACGGACCCGCUACAUCGGCAUCUACGACUCUAUCGGUGGCAACGAAAUAACCCACUUCUCCCUCCCAGGAACAACAAACGGCAUCAAGUUUCGCAACGAGAAGCUAAACCACGUCAUGGGCGAUGGCGUUUCGUCUCUCAAAUGGAGCCCAUGCGGCAAAUAUCUCUACGUCGCUGAGCGCAGUUCAGACGUCCUCCUCAUAUACGACGUCCGUAAUUUCUCUCUCUCCUUGGGUUACUGCGCUGGGAGGAAGGCACUCACGAGGCAGAAACUUGGUUUCAAUAUCUGGAACGCUGGGGCCUCACCGUAUGAUAUCGAGGGUCUCUCGCAUGAGGUUUGGGCUGGGGGAACGGAUGGCAUGAUCAGAGUUUGGAGGGAUCCGUACAUGAGAGAAGGUGCUGUGGAGGCUGAUGAUGUUGUUUCUGUAAAUGGUAGAGGGGUCCCGGUCGUGGGAUCACUCGUACAUGCUUCGGGAAGUUUGGCUGUUGCUGCUUGUGGAACCAUUGGAGCCGAGGAAGACAUGGAGGGGAGAGGGUUCAAGAGGGGUGGUGGUUCAAGACCAAGGGUGAGGGAGUGGGGGAGUUUGGAUGUCCUAGGGUUGGGCUGA